AUGUGGUUGUCACGGGGGCUGUUAGCCUCAACACUCAUUCUCGCCGUCAAGGCCCAAGAUGGAAUUGAAGAUGCAGCCAUGCGUAUUGCAACUGGUUUCGCCGAGACACUCAUUCAGCACGCAGUGAAAACACUGUCGGGAGACGCUGGAGGCGCUGGUGAUACCGGCGAUGCUGUAAACGCUGGAGAUCAAGGAAAUCAAGGGAACCAGGGCCAAGCAUUCGAUGCGACCAUGAUAGAUGCUGCUACCGUAACACACACUGUCGGUGGCGAAGCUAUAAUCGAAACAUACACACGUCCUGGGGGACAACUCUUCCCCGUUACACUCCUUCCACACCCAAGAAUUACGAUUGCACCAACAACCGACGACCCUUACGAGAGGAUUAUUCAAGCUUAUACUGGUGGCGAAGACGCUACCACGAACCAAGAAAUCACAAUCGCUGAACCGACAGGAACCAAACCCGGCACAGUUAUCGUCGACGUUCCUGGUUCGGCAUACUCGUCUUUCUCAUCGGGACAGGCUGGUGCAUUGACUAUUCUACCCUCAAACGACCACCCCACAGCAACUAUCAUCUCAGCUUUGCCGAGCGGUGUUGGUAUAACUGGUGAAGCUACAAGAACGAUUCCUGCAGCAGGAGGUGCUUCUGCCACAGUCGUCAUUCAGACACCAUGGGAAGACGUACCACCAAGCACUCCCGGUGCUGGUGCUGGUAUUGGAGGCGGUGCUGGUGGUGCUGGUGGUAACGUUGGUGGUAGCACCUCUAAUGUUUUGGUAAUCCAGACAUACACUGGAACAGAAUACAUCACACAGGCGAGAGUCACCACCAUCGUUGGAUCGGGAGGCGAUCAAGGUACGGUUGUCGUUCAAGUUCCUCCCGGUAACCAGAACCCUAGAGGCGCCGUUACUAUCCCCCCGAGUGGCGACAGCCAUUUCACAACCAUCGUUAGGCAAUACACAGGAGAUACACCGAUUUCUACUCCUGUUACCCGCCUUGUUCCCACCUCUGGAACGCAAGACGGAACCAUCAUCAUUGAGACACCCGGUCCUUCGAGUCCAACAGGCAGCAGUGGCAAUCAAGGCGGCGAUUUGCCCGAAAACCAGCCACAGGUUAUUCCCCCAAGCGGUGAUAGCCCUUACUCUACUAUCUUGAGACCUCAUGCCGGCUCUGGUGAGAUUACUGAACCUGUGACCUACACUAUUCCACCACGUGGAACGAGCCACGGAACAGUUAUCAUCGAAACACCAGCGGUUCGCGCCGGUCAAUCAGUCAUUACUCUUCCAUCAGACCCUGGCAGUGGUUAUAUCACGAUUGUCAGGCAGCCUACCGGCACUGGUGUGAUCACAGCCGCUACGACCAUUACAGUGCCGCCCAGUAAUGGCCAGCCAGGAACUAUCAUUAUUGAGACCCCUGCUCCUCAACCCGGAGGUGGUGAGAUCACGAUUCCUGCAGGUGCAGAUAGUUCAUUCAUCACCAUCAUUCGCGGUCCGACCGGAACAAACGCUGUUAACACACCUACUACAAUCACUGUUAGUGGAGCACCAGGUCAACCAGGAACAGUAAUUAUCGAGACUCCUGUUGGGUCCGGUGGCCAAACCACCCGAGCGCCCGAUGAUCCGUUUACUAUUCCUCCUGGACCUGGAGGACAGUAUAUUACCAUCUUUCGACCACACAGCGGUGACCCUAUCACUGUGCCUAUCACACUCACCCAGCCAGGCCAGAAUGGUCAGCCAGGAACUGUCAUCAUCGAGACGCCUGUUCCGACAACUCCUGCUCCUGGUAGUGGGCCCAUCACGAUCCCUGCUGGCGAUGGCGGCUCUUACGUGACUAUCUACAGACCGCACUCAGGCAGUCCCAUUAGCCAGCCUGUCACGAUCACCAUCCAACCUAGCGGCGGUCAGCCUGGCACUAUCAUCGUUGAAACGCCUUUUAAUACCCCCAAGGGUCAAAAUGCAGUAACUUCAAACGAGCCAGGUGGUCAACAGAUCACUAUUCCCCCGAGCAAGAACAAUCCUUAUGUGACAAUCUACCGACCUCACACUGGAGACCCCAUUACUGUGCCUAUCACCAUCACUCAAUCUCCUUCCAACGGUCAACCUGGAACAAUCAUUAUUGAGACUCCGGCACCUGAGCCUCAGACCGUCACUGAUGUUGAGACACAACCAGGAGCGACAGUAACUGUUCAGCCAAACACCCCUGGUGGAUACACCACUGUCUACCGCCCACACACUGGUGACCCGAUUUCCGAGCCUAUCACAGUCACCACUAUUAGCGGUUCCAACGGUCAACCAGGGACUGUUAUCAUUGAGACACAAGGCCCGUUCACUGUUACAGCCACUGAAAGUGGUGGUACUGCAACUAUCUAUACUCCUGGCACGGGUGUUAGCACUACUGUCACAAAGACGGUUGUUUUGACUGCUUCGGGUGGCCAGCCAACCACUGCAGUUAUCAUCGAGACUCCCCCAGUGAAAGUUCAGCCCACUCAGUCCCAAGUUACAGGUUCUGAUGGAUUCGUCACAGUCACUGAGCAGUAUUCUGGAACUCGUGUGAUCACCGCCAUUUUUACGACCACAGUAGUUGCAUCUGGAACGGGACCUGGAACCGUCUUCAUCGAGACUCCUCCACCAAUCAAGUUCAACCCUACGACGAGUGUUCCAGAAUCAACCGUCACUGGAAAUGAUAACUAUGUCACGGUAUACAAGCCUUACCCUGGCCCUGGUAUCAUAACUGCCCCCAUCACUGUCACCGAGGCUACUCCUUCUGGUGGACAGCCCGGUACUGUUGUCAUUCAGACUCCUGUUUCUGAGAACCCUACAACAUCCCUGCCCGAGCCUAGUACGACACAAGGACCUGACGGAUAUGUCACUGUCUACCUUCCAUUCCCCGGUCCCGGUGUGAUCACUCAGCCUUACACAAGAACCCAGGCUCCUUCAGGUGGCAACCCCGGAACGGUCUUUAUCACGACCCCCGCGCCUCAGCCUGCAACUACUACUACAUCUUUGCCUGAGCCAAGCACUACAACUGGGCCAGAUGGCUAUGUUACCGUCUUUCUUCCUUUCCCUGGUCCAGGUGUCAUCACACAGCCCUACACACGAACCCAGGCUCCUUCAGGUGGCAACCCCGGAACGGUCUUUAUUACGACCCCAGCGCCUCUUCCACAGACCACUGCCCAGGAGAACCUGCCAAGUACCACUUCAGGUGUAGAUGGUUAUGUGACAGUUUUUAUCCCUUAUCCGGGACCGGGCCAGAUUACUGCGCCUAUUACCAGCACCCAGCCACCUGCGAAUGGCCAGCCUGGUACUGUCUUUAUCACCACUCCCGUACCUGUGUUUUCCACUCCCAAGCAAGCGAAUGGAUUGACAAGUACUUCAACAGGUUCAGAUGGCUACGUGACAGUGUUUGUUCCGUAUCCUGGCCCAGGUACAAUUACUGCCCCUAUCACUAGUACACAGCCACCUGCAAAUGGACAGCCAGGAACUGUCUUUAUCACCACACCCGAUCCUGUGCUUUCUACUCCAAAGCAAGCGAAUGGGUUGUCCAGUACUUCAACCGGCACGGAUGGCUACGUAACUGUCUACGUUCCUUACCCAGGCCCCGGGUCUAUCACCGCAGAUAUUACUAGCACUCAGCCACCUGCAAACGGUCAGCCAGGAACUGUUUACAUUACAACUCCUGCACCUCCGUUCUCCACGCCCAAGCAAGCGAACGGACUGACCAGCACUACGACUGGAACAGACAGUUACGUGACUGUAUUCGUUCCUUACCCAGGCCCUGGGUCUAUUACUGCGGACAUCACUAGCACUCAGCCACCUGCAAAUGGACAGCCAGGAACGGUAUACAUCACAACUCCUGCACCUAUUAGCACAGCGGAUCAGAAUACCCUAAGUACAUCUACCGUAGAUGAUGGCUACGUGACAGUCUUCCUUCCUUUCCCAGGUCCAGGAACUAUUACUGCUCCCAUUACCAGCACCCAGCCUCCUUCAGGCGGCAACCCUGGAACCGUUUUCAUCACAACACCUGCACCGGUGACAUCUCAGCAGGGCGUUCCCAGCACUGCACAGGGCGAUGGAGAGUAUGUCACGGUUUUCCUGCCAUACACAGGCACUGGCGUUAUCACUGCACCUAUCACUAGCACUCAACCUCCUUCUGGUGGCAACCCAGGUACCGUAUUCAUUACGACACCAGCUUCCGGAUCGGAGACUCAGUCGCAGACCCCGGCACUGACCACGGAUAACUACAUCACCAUCCACACGCCUUUCCCCGGACCUGGUGUAAUUACAUCGCCUAUCACCAUUACCAAGCCACCAGCUGAUGGACAACCUGGAACCGUCAUUAUCCAGACCCCGGCUCCAAUCAGCUCCAACGCUGAUUCGUACGUGACAGUCUACAGACCUUACCCAGGUCCUGGUACUAUCACGGCGCCAAUAACCUUGACUCAAGCUCCUGCUAAUGGCCAACCUGGUACUGUAUUCAUCGAGACUCAGCCUACCAACGAGCCCACUUCUUCGCCUACAAGUGGUGAUUCAGCUUCUCCAAUUACUAUUCCACCUGCGCCAACUGGGUCAUAUGUUACCAUUUACAGGCCGUACCCUGGCCCCGGGCAAAUAUCGUCUGCUGUUACCUACACGCAAGCUCCUAUUUCUGGACAGCCUGGUACCGUCAUCAUCGAGACUCCUAACUCGGACGCACCUACUGCUACCCAGACAGGCCCAGUUACAGUUCCUACUGGUAGCAACAAUCCAUAUGUCACGGUAUACAGACCAUACCCUGGCCCUGGUAACAUUGAUCAACCCAUCACUAUCACCUCUGUCACUGCCUCCGGUGAUCAGCCAGGAACAAUCGUUAUCGAGACGCCUACUAUUGAUGUCAACACCAAGUUUGCGCCAUCGCCCACAACUUCGCCCCCAGUCACUAUCCCGGCUGAUGACAACAAUUACGUUACUGUCUACAGGCCACACACUGGGUCUCUAAUUACAGCAUCUAUUACUGUCACUACCAUUGCACCUGCGGGAGGACAGCCGGGUACAGUAAUCAUUGAGACUCCAGGACCUGAGUCCCAGCCUUCAAGCACAGAUAGCCCACCAGUGACAAUUCCUCAAGGCCAAGAUGGAUACGUCACAGUUUAUCAGCCGUAUCCUGGACCGGGUACUAUCACUGAGCCUGUUACUGUAUCUACCAUUGCGCCAACCAAUGGCCAACCAGGUACUGUGAUUAUCCAAACUCCUGCGCCUGUAGCUUCGACUCCUUCCACUAUUGAGGAGACUACCAGCGCUUCUGCCGUUACUAUUCCUGCCGACAACGGUGGUUACGUGACCGUUUAUAGACCCUUCCCUGGGCCUGGAACUAUCACUGCGCCCCGCACUGUUGGAAUAGUCGCUCCAACUUUAGGUCGGCCUGGUAUAGUCAUCAUUGAGACGCCUGCUCCCCAAGCUACCAACGAUGAAAGCAGCUCGGCAACGGCUGUCAGUUCAACACAAGGCAAUAAUGGCUACGUUACAGUUUUCCAGCCUUACACUGGUACCAGCGUUAUCGGAGGACCUAUUACUGUCUCUACUAUUCCGCCGUCCAAUGGACAACCUGGAACCUACAUCGUCGAGACACCUGUUGCACAGACUGCUGGUUCAACAACUGAGACGGGCGACAAUGCACCUGUCACCAUCCCACCAAGCCCUGAGAACACCUACUUGACGGUCUACAGACCCCACACAGGUGCUAAUCUCAUUACGGCACCAGUCACUGUGACCACCAUUCAGGGUGAAAAUGGACAACCCGGGACAAUCAUUAUAGAAACUCCUGCUUCUCAAGCUCCCACAUCGACGGACGAUAGUCGCGGAGCACCUGUCACUAUCGCCCCUGGCCCUGAGAAUUCUUACGUCACAGUCUAUCGACCUCACACUGGCACAGACUCUAUCACAGCCCCAGUAACUGUGAUGACUAUUGAAGGUGUCAAUGGCCAGCCCGGAACCAUCAUCAUAGAGACUCCCGAGGCAGCAUCCCAGACCCCAGUUUUGACUGGUGAUAGUACAGGAGCUACUUCAACUGUUCCACCUGGUCCUGGUAGCUCAUACGUGACAGUCUACAGACCUUACACCGGGACUGAGACUAUCACGGCACCUAUUACUAGUACCAUUGAGGGCACCAAUGGCCAGCCAGGGACAGUCAUUAUCGAGACUCCUACGUCGUCAACCCCAGACAACAAUGCCGCCAGCACUGCUCCUCCUGGGCCUGAUAGCUCAUACGUGACUGUCUACAGACCUUACACUGGGACUGAGACUAUCACGGCACCUAUCACUAGCACAAUCCAAGGAACGAAUGGCCAGCCAGGCACAGUCAUCAUCGAGACUCUCAUGACCGCUGGCUCAGAUGCCAAUGCUCCCAGCACUGCUCCUCCUGGACCCGAUAGCUCGUACGUGACAGUGUAUAGACCGUACACAGGAAUCGAGUCGAUCACAGCACCUGUCACUAGCACAAUUCAGGGAACGAAUGGUCAACCAGGCACCGUUAUCAUCGAGACUCUCACGACAGCGGGCUCAGAUGCCAAUGCUCCUAGCACUGCCCCAGCCGGUCCCGGCAGUACAUAUAUCACAAUGUACGGACCCUACCCUGGACCAGGCAAGAUUGACCAGCCCAUCACGGUCACGACUGUUGAGCCUUCAAACGGCAACCCUGGCACUGUCGUUAUUCAGACCCCAGGUAUCGAGACUGGCGGAAAGGUUGUCGUUCCUCCAGUCACGGUUGGUCCCUCACCAGGUGAACAGUACACUACAAUUUACAGACCUCACACUGGCACCGAUAUUAUCACUGCACCUGUAACAAUUACCACCAUUGCACCAGCGGGUGGUCAGCCAGGAACAGUCAUCAUCGAAACUCCAGAGCCGGAGACAGCCGGUCCCAACCCGACAGUUACUCUGACUCCUGGACCUAAUGAGUCUUACGUGACUGUCUUCCAACCUCACACCGGAACUGGUGUGAUUACUGGUCCUGUUGUCAUUACCACUAUCGCCCCUGCUAAUGGCCAACCUGGCACUGUUAUCAUUGAAACCCCAGUCGCGCCUGAGUCUACAUCUGCUCCUGUUCCUGCAGACUCCGCCACAAAUGCCCCUCAAGCCACUCCCACUUAUGUUACGGUUUAUCGUCCUCACACCGGACCAGAGAGGAUAACAGCUCCGGUCACAAUUACCACGAUCAACCCGAGUGGUGACCAGCCUGGAACUGUCAUAAUUGAAACCCCCGACCAGGACUUGCCUCCCGUGACAACCUCUGCUGGUCCCGCUGCUUCUUAUGUUACGGUCUAUCAACCACACACUGGAACAGACAGGAUCACCGCUCCCGUCACUAUCACGACCAUUGAACCUGCAAACGGCCAACCUGGCACAGUGAUUAUUGAGACUCCAGGACAGCAAGCGCCUCCUGUGACAUCUUCCCCUGCCCCCGCUUCGUACGUAACCAUUUCUAGGCUUUACACUGGAACAGACCAGAUCACAGAACCGAUCACAACGACUGUUCCUCCUCAGGGAGAUCAACCUGGUACAAUCAUCGUUGAGACUCUCGGGCAAAAGGCUCUCGAGCCUUCUACCUCUUCUCCACCAUCGUAUGUGACGAUUACGAGGCCUUACACUGGUACCGACCAGAUUACGGCCCUCAUCGUUACUACCAUACCCCCUGAAGGUGGUCAACCCGGCACAGUCAUUUAUGAGACUCAGGCUCCUUUCGUCACCGUCUUCCGACCGUAUUCUGGAACAGAUCAGAUUACUGGACCCGUGACUGUAUCAACCAUUGCUCCAAAUGGAGGCCAACCGGGCACAAUCAUCGUCGAGACCCCUGGAGCUGGCCCUGCCAUUACUACAACGCCUCCAGCUCCAUCAUAUGUCACUGUCACCAAUCUUUACACCGGAACGGAGAUGCUUACUGGGCCUACCACUGUGACCACCGUACCUCCUCAAGGCGAUCAGCCUGGUACAGUCAUUGUCGAGACCCAGGGCUCUUAUGUGACCAUUUCGACCCUGUACACUGGUGCCAGUACCAUCACUGGCCCGGUUCCUCUUACUACGGUUCCUCCUCAGGGCAACCAGCCCGGAACUGUCGUGAUUGGAACUCUUGGAUCAUAUGUUACGAUCACCACUCAGUACACUGGUACGGAUUCGAUUUCUGGACCAAGGACUGUCACCACCAUUCCUCCUCAAGGAGACCAGCCAGGUACUGUGGUUGUCGAGACACCUCAGUCUUACAUCACUACAACAGUUCCAUACACUGGUGUUGAUCAAAUAACUGCACCUAUCACGGCCACCACUAUCCCUCCAUCAGGAGGCCAACCAGGAACAGUGGUUAUCCAAACACAGGCUCCUUUUGCUACGGUCUAUCGCCCUCACACUGGACCUGAUAGAAUCACGGCUCCAGUGACUGUUUUAACCAUUGCUCCUAAUGGAGAUCAACCUGGUACUAUCAUAGUCGAGACUCCUGGAUCGGAGCCUCCUGUCACGACAAUACCUCCUGCUCCUUCUUAUAACACCGUCUAUGAGGAAUACACUGGCACUGACGACAUGACUGAAGCUAGUGCGAGGACCACCAUUCAACCUCAAGGCGAUCAGCCAGGUACAAUUAUCUUUGACACACCUGGAGUUCGGGUUAUUUCCACCAGUGCUGCUCAGCCUUCUUAUGUUACUGUUUAUCGACCUCACACUGGCCCGGACAGAAUCACACAGCCUAUCACAGUCACGACUAUUGCCCCUCAAGGUGAUCAGCCAGGCACCGUUGUAAUUGAGACGCCUGGAUCCGAGCCUGCAGUUACACCGACACCUGCUCCUGCUCCUCAACCCUCUUACAUCACUGUGUAUCAGCCUCACACUGGUCCGGACAGAAUCACAGAGCCUGUUAUAGUCACCACUGUUGCCCCUCAAGGUGAUCAGCCAGGUACUGUUAUAAUCGAGACGCCUGGGUCCGAGCCUGCAAUUACAUCUGCACCUGCUCCUCAACCUACGUAUAUCACAGUCUAUCGACCCCACACUGGUCCAGACAGAAUCACAGAGCCUGUCACAGUCACAACUAUCGCCCCUCAGGGUGAUCAGCCAGGAACUGUUGUAAUUGAGACGCCUGGGUCUGAGCCCGCCAUUACAUCAACCCCUGCUCCUCAACCCACAUAUGUCACAGUCUAUCAGCCUCAUACUGGCCCUGAUAGAAUCACUGAGCCUAUCACAAGGACCACUAUUCCUCCCCAGGGCGAUCAACCGGGCACUGUUAUCAUCGAGACACCUGGAUCAGAACCUGCUAUAACAACAGGUCCAGCCGCUCAGCCUUCCUAUGUCACAGUCUAUCAGCCUCACACUGGCCCUAAUAGAAUCACUGAACCUAUCACAGUCACAACUGUUGCUCCCCAGGGAGAUCAGCCCGGCACUGUUAUCAUCGAGACCCCAGGCUCAGAGCCACCUAUCACCUCUGGGCCUACUGCAGAGCCUUCUUACAUCACGAUCUAUCAACCCCAUACUGGACCUGAUCAAAUCACAGCUCUGAUUACAGUCACAACGAUUGAGCCUCAAGGAACUCAGCCUGGAACCGUGAUAAUUGAGACUCCUGGGUCUGCACCAGCUGUCACCACAGGACCACCAUCGCCAGCCCCCGAGCCUUCGUAUAUCACAGUAUAUCGACCUCACACAGGAGCAGACCAAAUCACAGCCCCUGUUACGAUAACAACAAUCGAGCCCCAAGGUGGUCAACCCGGCACUGUCAUCAUCGAAACUCCUGGUUCUCAACCACCUGUUACCUCGAGCCCAGCUACGGAGCCUUCCUAUGUUACCGUAUUCAGACCUCACACAGGCACGGAUCAAAUUACAGCCCCUGUUACGAUAACAACAAUCGAGCCUCAAGGUGGCCAACCUGGUACUGUAAUCAUCGAGACCCCUAGCUCUGAACCAGCUGUUGCCUCGAGCCCAGCUGCGGAGCCUUCUUAUGUUACUGUUUUCCGACCUCGCACCGGUGUUGAUACUAUUACUGCUCCAGUAACCAUUACAACAAUCGAGCCUCAAGGUGGCCAACCCGGUACUGUCAUCAUCGAGACCCCUGGGUCUCAACCACCUGUCACUUCGAGCCCAGCUGCAGAGCCUUCUUAUGUUACUGCUUUCCGACCUCACACGGGCGUUGAUACCAUUACAGCCCCAGUUACGAUCACGACUAUCGAGCCACAAGGGGACCAGCCCGGCACUGUAAUUGUUGAAACCCCAGGAUCAGGUGAGCCUGUUACUUCAGCUCUUGGUCGUUACACAACCAUCUACGAGCUUCAUACUGGUACCGGCGAAUUCACAGGCGAAGUCACCCGAACUAUUGCCUCUCCUGAGGGCGACCGGCCUGGCACUGUCGUCAUUGAAACCUCUUCAGGACCUGGCUCGGCUUCUGGCCGUUAUACUACUGUUUACGAGCCUCAUACUGGUACCGGGGAAUUUACUGGCGAGGUCACCCGAACCAUCGCGUCUCCCCAGGGCGAUCAACCUGGAACUGUUGUCAUCGAAACACCAAGAUCAGGAGCUUCUGUACCCGAAACUUACACAACUGUCUAUGAGCCUCACACAGGUCCUGGUCCGUUUACUGGAGAAGUUACUCGAACUGUUGCGACUCCCCACGAUGGCCAACCUGGCACUGUUGUGAUUGAGACAUCAGCGGGUCCUGGUUCUGAUAUCGAUCGUUACACCACUAUCUACGAGCCUCAUACAGGUACUGGCGAGUUUACAGGCGAAGUCACCCGCACUAUUGCCUCUCCCCAUGAUGGCCAGCCUGGUACCGUUGUUGUUGAAACUCCUGGGCCACAAACAGCAAACAAGGGAGCUAACCCUCCCAUGACUAUUCCUGCCGAAGAUGAUAGCUAUGUGACUGUUUUCAGACCUUAUACAGGAACACCUCAGAUCACAGCACCCACAACGGUUACUACCAUUGCCCCAACCAAUGGUCAACCUGGUACUGUUAUCAUUGAGACUCCAGUACCAGAAACUAGUACCAGCAGCGAUAUGGGCAAUCCUCCCGUAACUCUCUCUGCCGGAGACGACAAAUACGUCACAGUUUUCAGACCUCACACUGGUACUGAUGUGAUAACUGCCCCAGUGACAGUCACUACCAUCAGUCCUUCUGGCGGGCAGCCCGGUACAGUUAUCAUUGAGACUCCCGAGCCGGUCACGAAAGCUGCAACCUCUACGCCCGGCCCUGAAGAUGUGUUUGUGACUAUUUACAGGCCGUACACUGGCACGGAACAGAUCACGGCUCCGGUAACUGUCACAACAAUUGCUCCAGUUUCUGGAACAGGCACCGUGAUCAUUGAGACUCUUGCACCCCAAACUGCCAGCACCGUGUACGUGACGAUUUACAGACCGUACACUGGUACAGCACGAAUCACGGAACCUACCACAGUCACAACCAUUGCCCCAGUGUCUGGUACUGGAACGGUUAUCGUUGAGACUCCUACCCCAGAAUCUACAGUCAACAGCGAGCCAGCCACCUCCGCUGCAAUCACUAUUCCAUCUAAUGAUGAGAGUCGCAAUGUGACCAUAAUCAGACCUUACCCUGGUCCAGGAUCAGUCACAGCUCCCGUCACCAGAUAUGAGGCCCCUACCGCGUCAGGCGAGCCUGGAACUGUCAUCAUCGAAACUCCCGUCGAGCAAUCGACUACAGAGGCUCAGCCUCAGAGCCAGCCAACAUCUGCUCCCGCAGUGACAAUUCCUCCGAGUGAUGGAAGUUCAAACAUCACUGUUGUCCGCGAGUACCCUGGCCCAGGUGUAAUUACUGCUCCCGUCACGUCUUACGAGCCACCAAAGACGCCGGGGCAGCCUGGAACUGUUAUCAUCGAGACCCCAGCUCCAGCUCCCAAUACCGUGUCAGGCCCCGUGGAAACGAUGUCAGGCCCAGCCGAUACUGCAUCAUCAGGCCCAGCUGGUACCAAUGUCACUUUCUACACUUUGGCACCACCAGGCGUGAAGAUUCCUAUCACCAGCUACGCUCCACCACAAACACCGGGGCAGGUUGGAACUGUUUUCAUCCAAACAGUUGCUUCUGAACCUGGAAUGAGUGCUGACAACGAGAGGAAUGUGACUAUCAUGACUGAUGGUCCAGCGUCUCUUACGGAGCCUUAUACCAGGUACCAACCUCCUGGAUCUGCUGGAGAUCCAGGAACUGUCAUUAUCGAAACCCCACCUGUACGAUCUCCUGAGACAACUUCCGACUCAGCAGUCACCAUUCCUGCCCAUUCUGGUAGCCCUCAUGUUACCGUGAUCAGAGGUGGCCCAGGAAAGGAGGCUACUACCAUCUACGUCCCUCCAACUGGUACUGAGCCAGGCACAAUUAUCAUCGAGACACCCACUGAUGCAGCCACCACUCAAGAGGACAAGACAUCUGCGGAUCAGAUGACCAGUGACACACCAGCUGUGACCCUCCCUCCUAGCUCUAACAGCCCUAACGUUACUGUCAUUCGACCUUAUCCUGGACCUGGUUCAAUUACAGAGCCUGUGACAAGAUAUGUUCCUCCCACCGCUUCUGGCGAGCCUGGAACUGUCAUCAUUGAGACACAAUCCUCGGACAGUUCAGCCCCAACAUCGGCGAACCCCGAGAUCACUUUGCCUCCGAGUUCCCAAAGUCCCAACGUCACUGUGAUCAGGCCUUAUCCUGGACCUGGUUCAAUCACUGAGCCAGUUACUAGAUAUGUCCCUCCUACCGCGUCUGGCGAGCCCGGGACCGUCAUUAUUGAGACACAGACAACUGAAACGUCCACUGAGAUUUCGGAAACGUCCUCUGAGACCCAGGCAACGAGUAGUCCUUCUGGAAUCACCAUUCCAGCUCACUCUGGAAGUCCCAACGUCACUGUUUUCAGGCCAUACACUGGUCCCGGCACGAUUGAGACUCCUAUCACAAGCUACAUCGAGCCUGCCAAUUCUGGGGAGCCAGGUACUGUUGUUAUCGAGACACCAGUUUCCCGCUCGGAAAGCUCUGCCCAAUCAGAAGCGGUGUCUACCUCUGGUCCUGUAUCGAACCCAGCAGUGCUUACCACUGACGACAACACGACGCCUUUCUCGUCGGCUUCCAGAAACCCUGAUGCCCUUACGAUCACACCCAGCGAUACGCGUGAAGAUGUAACUGUUAUCGAGCCAAACACCAAGUUUGCGGGUGCCACUGAGAACGUCACCCAGAUUAUACCACCCUCGGGAACAGCUCCUGGAACUAAGAUCAUCUACACGCCUGUGAACACCCCUGGCCAGUCAUCUAUGGGCGCCACAGACACGGAUUCUUAUGUUACGAUCAGUGCGACGGUCACUAUUCCCGGAGACCCCUCCACUCGAACUGGUGUAGAUUCUAACGCUGGAAGUGAUGCUGGUACUACAGGUGCCGAGACUAAUGUCAUCAUCAUCCCACCUAGUGGUACCGAGCCAGGAACUAUCGUUUCUCAGACCAGUGUUUAUCUGGACCAGGCUUUGGCUCAGCACGGAAAUGUCACCAUUACCAGAGCAGCACCCGCUGGUGUCACCACUCCUUUUACCACCUAUUCACCCCCUGCGCAAUCGAGUGAUAUGGGAACCAUCAUCGUUGAGGUUCCUGAUUACAACGUCACGACUACCAGAGCCGGCCCUCCUGGAGUCACAACUACUUUGACAACCUACUCGCCCCCUGCUUCUCCUGGUGGACCGGGAAUGGUUAUCAUCGAGACUCCCGACUACAACGUCACGGUCACACGUCAAGCACCAGCAUCAGUUACGAGCGUUCGAACAACUUAUGCCCCUCCAGGCACCCUGGGUGAUCCUGGUACCGUCAUUGUCGAGACACCUAACAAUGACUACAAUGUUACAAUCACCCGUGGAGCAUCUAUUACGGCACCUUUCACUACAUACUCGCCUCCUGGUUCUUCAGGUGAUCCUGGUACAGUUAUCGUCGAAACUCCCGACUAUAAUGUUACUGUCACAACACAGGCGCCGAGUUCUAUCACGAGUGUUCGCACCAAAUAUGUCCCCCCUGGCUCCGCUGGAGAUCCGGGUACUGUGGUCGUUGAAACACCUAACAAUGAUUACAAUGUCACAGUCACCAGAGCUGCCCCAGCCUCUGUCACCAAGAUGUAUACGACAUACGCUCCUCCAGGCGCUCCAGGCGAUCCAGGUACUGUAUUUGUCGAGACACCUGACUACAACGUUACCGUUACUCGGGGUGCCUCAAUUACAGCGCCUUACACGACAUACUCGCCGCCUGCUACACCCGGUGACCCAGGCACUGUCAUUGUUGAAACGCCCGACUACAAUGUUACAGUCACGACGGAAGCACCAAGAACCGUCACCACCCUGCGUUCAACCUAUGUUCCACCUGGAAAGUAUGGAGACCCUGGCACUGUUGUUAUUGAGACACCCAUUGGUCCUUACAACGUAACCACCACUCGUGGUGCCUCAAUCACAGCACCGUUCACAACCUACUCUCCCCCAGGCUCUCCAGGCGAUCCAGGAACCAUAAUUGUAAAGACGCCUGAUUACAACGUCACAAUUACACGACAAGGACCCAAGACAGCAACUGCUGUAUUCUCAACUUACUCACCACCUGGAACGCCUGGUGAUCCGGGUACAGUUAUUGUUGAGACCCCCGCCGCUGCCUACAAUGUCACUACCACUCGAGGUGCUUCGACAAUCACGACACCGUUCACAACAUACUUGAGCCCGAGUGAAGCUGGAGACCCUGGCACUGUUCUUGUUGAAACGCCUGAUUACAAUGUCACAAUCACAAGACAGGCCCCCAAGUCAGUAACAUUUUUGGUUUCUAUUUACUCGCCACCCGGAAGUCCUGGCGAUCCUGGCACCGUUAUUAUCGAGACACCAAUGGGCCCAUACAACAUCACAACGACUCGAGGUGCUUCGUCAGUGACAGCCCCAAUUACAACAUACAUGCCGGCGGGGCAGCCUGGAGAUCCCGGAACCGUGUUGGUUGAGACCCCAGAGUACAACGUCACAAUCACUAGCGAGGCUACUGACUCUGCUUCGGAUACUGUUACGAGAUAUAACCCGCCAGCCUCCCCAGGUGACCCAGGAACCGUCGCGAUUAUCAUGCCUAACCAAAAGGCUGCAUCAACUUCGCCAAACCCAUCUCUCACCGACGCGCCUGGUCAGAAUGUCACCGUCUAUCGACCUGGUCCAAGGACGCUUACUGGACCUGUUACCUCGUACAUUCCCCCUUCGGGCCGCGGAGAAAAUGGCACGGUGAUAAUCGAGACGCCAGGCCCGGCCACUCCUUUCAAUAGCACGACAACCCAGACAGUCGACACUAUUACUGCCAUCUACACAACGUACAUGCCAGCUGGUGCCCAAGACGAUCCAGGAACUAUACUCGUUGAGGUUCCUCCCUCACGCAAUGUGACAAUCACCAAGGACGAUGCCACUAUCACAGCACCAUACACAACUUACUCACCUCCAGGCACUGCUGGUGAUCCGGGUACAGUUAUCAUUGGUAUGCCUGCCGAUCGCAAUGUGUCCAUCACAUCUAUCGUCAACAGUCGAACUGCCCCUUACACAACAUACAUGCCACCAGGCAACCGUGGGGAUCCCGGCACUGUUCUUGUUGAACUGCCUCCUGAUUCAAAUGUCACGACAACCAAGACAGUCAGCGACCGAACUGCUGUCUACACCACCUACUCGGGACCUGCGAACAGAGGUGACCCUGGUACUGUUAUCAUCGAGGUACCUCCUGGGCGUAAUGUGACAGUCACAGAAGUUGCUAGCACUAUUACCUCUCCUUACACAAGCUAUUCUUCGCCUGCUAACCAAGGAGAUCCGGGUACGGUUUUCAUCGGCAUGCCCCCUGAUUCUAAUGUGACAAUCACAACUGAAGUCGCAACCCGAAUUACCCCUUACACAACAUACUCGUCGCCAGCUAGACAAGGCGACCCUGGCACCGUCAUCGUGGAGUUGCCGCCCGACAGUAAUACCACCAUCACGAAAGAGAUGGCUAGUCGCACCAAGCCGUUUACUACCUACAUGUCACCAGCUAGCAAGGGUGACCCGGGUACUGUCAUCGUGGAGAUGCCACCGGAUAGAAAUGUUACUAUCACGACAGAGGUUACCAGCCUGACUGCUCCUUAUACCAGUUACGCUUCGCCUGGAAGUGAAGGCGACCCCGGUACUGUUAUCAUUGGUAUGCCACCGGACAGGAAUGUCACUAUCACAACUGAAGUACCUACUCGCACUGCCCCCUACACGACAUAUUCUGCCCCUGGCGCGAGAGGAGAUCCAGGCACUGUCAUUAUCGAACUGCCUCCUGAUCGUAACGUCACUAUCACCUCCGAGGUUACUGGUCGUACCGCUCCUUAUACUACUUUUGCACCACCCGCCACUAAAGGCUACCCAGGCACAGUCAUCAUCGAAUUACCUCCUGACCGUAAUAUCACCACUACGGAACAGGUUCCUACACUGACCCAGGCUUAUACUACUUAUUCGCCUCCAGGAAGCCGCGGCGACCCAGGCACUGUAAUUGUGCGACUUCCACCUGAUAGGAAUGUCACUAGAACGACUGUGGUUGAUAUAAUCACGGCGGCUUCUACUGUCUAUUCUGCACCAGCCAACAGGGGUGAUCCAGGCACCAUUAUCAUCGAGAUGCCCCCAGCUAGGAAUGUCACCACAACUGAAGUCGUCAACUCCAUCACUAGGGCCACUACCACCUAUGCGCCGCCUGCACAACAAGGUGAUCCUGGUACUGUCAUUGUCCAAGAACCCCCCGAGACAAACACGACUGUUAUCGAGGUCGUUUCCACAAUCACUCGUCCAGCUACUAGGUACAUAACGCCUGGUACCAAGGGUGACCCAGGCACUGUAUAUAUCGAUGUACCACCAAACCACAACGUUACGAUUACCACAACCGUCAGCACGAUCACUCGCCUAACCACAACGUUUGCCCCUAGUGCAACAGAAGGGGAUGCUGGAACAGUAUUUAUUGAGAUGCCCCCAGAGUACAAUGUCACAUCAACACAGACUGUGCAGACUAUUAGCAGGCCAGUCACUCGCUACUCAUCUCCCGCUGAGGUCGGCGACCCUGGCACCGUCUAUCUCGAUAUGCCACCAGAGUACAACGUCACUGUCACUACAACAAUCCACAGCAUCACACGCCAAAGCACAGCAUUUGCCGCGGGUGCGACGCAAGGAGACCCAGGCACUGUUAUUGUUGAAAUGCCCCCGGAGUACAACGUCACCACAACACAGACUGUGCAGACUAUCAGUAGGCCAGUCACUCGUUACUCCAAGCCAGGUGAGGUUGGGGACCCAGGCACGAUCUACGUCGAUCUCCCGCCGGAGUACAAUGUCACCGUCACAACGACGGUCCCAACGAUCACAAGACAAUCUACAACAUUUGCUCCCGCUGCGCAGCGAGGCGACCCUGGUACAAUCAUUAUCGAGAUGCCACCGGACACCAACACUACGACAACCCAAACCAUCCAGACAAUUACGAGACCAGUCACAAGGUACUCUAAGCCCGGUGAGGUUGGUGAUCCCGGCACAGUCUAUGUUGAUCUGCCGCCGGAAUACAACGUAACAAGAACCACCACUGUCCCCACGAUAAUGAGGCCUUCAACUACCUUUGUUCCAGCUGGUACACAGGGUGAUGCCGGUACUAUUCUUGUUCAGAUGCCGCCGGAAACCAAUGUUACAACAACUCAAACGGUCUCAACAAUCAGCAGACCCAUUACUAGAUAUUCCACUCCCGGUACUGCUGGAGAUCCUGGUACUAUAUACGUUGAUCUUCCGCCAGAAUACAAUGUCACCAGGACCACCACUGUCGCGACGAUCACACGAGCAUCAACUACAUUCGCCCCAGCUGAUAUGCAGGGCGAUCCUGGAACUGUCAUCGUGCAACUCCCCCCGGCUUACAAUGUCACGGUAUCGUCAGUCGACCCUACUAUUACUCGUCCGGCUACACGUUUUGCGACCCCAGCCACUGCAGGAGACCCUGGCACUGUCUAUAUCGAUCAUCCGCCGGAAUAUAACGUGACAACCACUGAGACUGUAAGCACGAUUAGCCGGGUUACGACAACAUUCAACCCUGCUAGUGAAGAAGGCGAUCCAGGUACUAUCCUCGUGCAGGUUCCUCCAGAAUACAGUACCACGGCAACCCAGACAGUCAGCACCAUUACUGCCAUCUACACAACGUACAACCCAGCCGAUACUCAAGGUGACCCCGGCACAAUCUUGGUGCAGGCCUCACCUGACUACAAUGUCACUACUACAGAGACUGUCAGCACAAUCAGCCGAGUCAGAACUUCAUACAACCCAGCUGGCACACAAGGCGACCCGAACACAGUACUUAUCCAGGUCCCUGUCGACUAUAAUGUCACAACGACCGAAACAGUCAGCACUAUUACUCGGGUCAGGACUACAUACUACCCGGCAGCGACUGAAGGUGAUCCAGGAACCGUGCUUGUUCAAGUUCCACCCGAUGAUUCUGCUGCACCACCGUCUACCACGGCUGUUCAGGCGCCCAAGUCCACGGUGACAACAACACAGACAGUCAGCACUAUCACUCGCCCUACGACGUUCCUGAAGACUGCUACGGCUUCGGGUGCUCCUGAUACUGUUUACGUUCAGUACCCUCCCAAGUCAACGGUAACGACAACGCAGACGGUUAACACUAUAACCCGUGCUACCACACUCUCGUCGACUGCCAAAGACCCAAGUUCUCCUGACACUGUUUAUGUGCAGUACCCUCCUAAAUACACGGUAACGACGACACAGACCGUUAGCACUAUAACUCGCGCUACUACAUUUUCUUCAACUGCUACAGACCCAAGCUCUCCUGAUACUGUUUACAUUCAGUAUCCUCCUAGGUCAACAGUCACAACAACACAGACUGUUAGCACUAUCACCCGUGCUACUACAGUUUCAAUGGCUGCCACAGACCCGAAUAGCCCAGAUACAGUCCUUAUUCAGUACCCUCCAAAGUCCACAGUAACGACAACACAGACAGUCAGCACUAUUACCCGUGCUACUACAGUGUCAAUGGCUGCUACAGACCCGAACAGUCCCAAUACGGUUCUCGUUCAGUACCCCCCUAGGUCGACGGUAACAACGACACAAACUGUUAGCACUAUAACUCGUGCGACUACGACGUCAAUGGCAGCAGCGGACCCCAACAGUCCUGAUACAGUCCUCAUCCAAUAUCCCCCUAGGUCUACGGUGACAACGACGCAAACUGUUAGCACCAUUACUCGUGCCACCACUGUCUCGAUGGCAGCAACGGAUCCAAACAGCCCUGACACAGUCCUUAUUCAGUACCCCCCUAAAUCUACAGUGACAACAACACAAACGGGGGUCAGCAGUAUUACCCGUGCCACGACUGUCUCGAUGACGGCAACAGAUCCCAAUAGUCCCAACACGGUCCUUAUUCAGUACCCCCCUAAGUCCACGGUGACAACUACACAAACGAUCAGCACUAUCACUCGUGCCACAACAGUUUCGAUGACAGCCACAGACCCAGGUUCUCCUGACACAGUUGUCGUUCAAUACCCCCCUCCUUACAACGUCACGAUCACCACAGCUGGCCCUACCACGCUCACUGCCACAUCCACUGCGUACUCACCACCCGCCAAGUCUGGCGAUCCUGGUACCGUUAUCGUUCAAAGACCACCUGUCACAGUCACUACAACUGCUGCUAGUGCUUACACUACUUACAAUCCUCCUGGCGGCAGCGGCGAUGCUGGCACUGUGGUCAUUGCGACAACAACCAGGCCUGUUGCUCCUGCCUACACCAGUGCUGGCCCUCAAUUCAGUUGCGAUGUUUAUGGUUAUCUUAUCCAGAAGACCGCCCUUUACCGUGUCGAGAUUGUUAGUGGCAAGACCACCCUCAUCAAGUCAGUUAUCGGAGACGGUGGUUGGAUCAACGGUAUUGGUUACAACCGAUUCGAUGACUACAUCUACGGUAUGCACCAAGACGAUUCUGGUUCCCAACUCAUCCGUAUCGGCGGCGAUGGUACUUCGACUAUGCUCUCUGCUCGUACUAAUGACCGCUUGGUCAACAUGGGUGAUAUCGACAAUCAAGGUCGCUUCUGGAUCUCCAAUAACGGAGGUCCAUGGUGGGUCAUCGAUCUCAUGCCUGGCUCGUCAACUUAUGGCAAGGUCAUCAUGAGCGGCACUGCUUCGACCGGUGGUCUCAAGUCUGCCGAUUGGGCCUUUGUCCCAGGAGGAGGCGACUAUAUGUGGUCCGUCAUGUACAACAGUGAUGGAUCAACGUCCACUUUGUGCCGUUUCAGCCGUACCUCAUACACAUGGCAGACAAUGAAGACAUUCGGUGAUGUCGCUGGCAACAACGUCUGGGGAGCACUCUACGCCUCUGGCGAUGGUAUGCUCUACGGUUCAGAGAAUACCAGUGGACAAAUCUUCCAAUUCCCCAUCGCGCCAUCGAUCGGUAAUCCCAAGUUCAUCGCAACAGGCCCAGUAUCCUCAUGGAAUGAUGGUGCCAGUCAGACGCUCCCUGUCUAA